CACACACACACACACACACACACACACACACACACACAGUAUCUGCUCUCACUCUACACCUCUUCAUCACAAUCAUGCUGAAAUUUUCUAAGCAGCCAAGAUCCUUUAAUGUUCAAUAACAGCAUGCCAAGGACCCUUUUGAAUGUGUAGUACAUUCCCCUGCCCUUUGCUAUUAGUGACAUGACCCUUUACCAUGCUGCUCACUAUAUGAGUUCAGCAAUUCUGAAACUUUUUGUUACCAGAGAUGUCUUCCAGUUCCACAGAACUCAAACGGGCUACUCUGUGGGAAGAAGAAUGGCCAUUCUGUGACUGUUAGUGUCCAUGUGACCACUGCUCCAACAACUGGAGGCUGAACCAUAAAUUGUAGUUGUACAGUUGUUUGGCAUCCAGAGCUGGACAGCGCUAGAACCUUCAACUGUGAGGUGAAGAGACGGAAGGAAAGAUGGACAUGGACAUGGAGGAUGAAAUGGGACGCACUCUGGUUCAGGUCAUCAGUGAGAAGUACAACCCAGACAACUUCCCAUACUGCCGUGGGCCUGGGGCCGGUGUGGUGAUCCGGACCAGUCCUCAGGGUUCUCCUGUCAAAGAUCGUCUAAAUCUGCCCAGUGUGCUGGUUCUGGAAAGCUGUGGAAUAAGUCACGCAGGAGAUGAGGAGGAAGUGGCGACGUUCUGCGCUCAUGUGGUGGAGUUGGACCUAUCUCGCAACCAGUUCAGAGAUUGGGGAGAGAUCAGUAAGAUCCUGUCUAACAUCCCUCAUUUGGACUUUCUCAAUCUGAGCAUGAAUCCUCUGAAGGGCUCCUGCCUGGAGCCUGGGGGUGCUGAAGCCUUCUCAGGCCUUCGCCGCCUCGUCCUCAACAGCACACAUGUGUCCUGGGCUAUGGUGCACACGCUCACACAAGAGAUCCCUGAACUGGAGGAGCUCUUCCUGUGCUUGAAUGAGUAUGAGUGUGUGAACUUGUCACGGGUACCCUGCCCAUCGCUGCGCCUGCUGCACAUCACUGAUAAUCUGCUGCAGGACUGGAGCGAGGUGCGCAAGCUGGGCCUCCUGUACCCUCGUCUGACCUCGCUCAUUCUCGCUAAUAACUCUCUCUCUUCCAUCCACGAGCCUGAGGACUCAUUGCAGUGCCUGUUCCCUAACUUGCACAGUAUCAACUUGCACAACUCAGGUUUGAAUUGCUGGGAGGACAUCGAGAAGCUCAAUUACUUCCCAAAGCUUCGGGAGGUUCGUCUAAUGGGCAUCCCCUUACUGCAGCCGUACACUGACCAAGAGAGACGAUACCUUACGAUAGCACAUUUGCCGUCAGUCACUGUUCUGAAUGGAAGUGUGGUGACAGAUGGAGAAAGAGAGGAUGCUGAACGCUUCUACAUCCGCUAUCACCUGGACUGUCCUGAGGAUGAGUUACCACAGAGGUUUCACAAUCUUGUGGCCUGUUAUGGGCGCCUGGCACCACUGGCAGACGUGGAUUUGCGGCCACUGAGCUGUGCCCAGGUUGAGCUGCACUUUGGGGACAACACCAAGCAGCUGGAACUCCGGCUAGAGCAGACUGUGGCUGACCUCAAGAAGCAGCUCCGGCCUAUAGUGCAGCUGCCAGUCAACAAGAUGCGUGUCUACUACAUUGACAGGCAGCUGGGUUACGCACUAGCCCCUCAAGAGCUGAAGUAUGGAGCCCGAGCCCUCCAUUCCUACAGCAUCCGGGAUGGAGAUGAGAUCCUGGUAGUGCCAAAGAGUCAGUGAAUAAAGCGAUAUGAUCACAGAGACAAUAGUUAAAAAAGGGGCCAGUUGAUAUGGAAGAAUCAAAUAAAGAUCUCCCAGUAAAGCCAGUGUAAACAAUGAGUUCCAAAUCAAUUUAUAGAUCAGUGAACCACUCUGUCUUGUGGAAAGUCAGAGAGAUAAGGGCUGUGUGUACUAAAAGCUGACCAUUUACUAUGUUGAAUCUGGGAGAUCUAACACUGUCAAACAGAAGUAAUCAUUUCCACAAAGACUCUAAAUUGGGAUAUAGCCUCUUCUCUUCUUGCUACACUGUUACAUGGGUCAGUGGUGUAUUUUUAUUUCCAAAGCUAACCAAGAUUUCAAAAGUUUUAACUUACCUGUUGAUAAUUUAUUGUGUUACAUAUACAAUAUGCAUAUGUGCAUGCGGCUGCUUCUCAGGAACAACAAAUCGCAUGCACUUUCAAGUAUUAUUUUUUACCACUUAUGGUCUACAAUACACAUUAUUUUUAAGACACAAUCCUAUAUUACAAGCAUUACAGGCUCACACAUAUCCACAUAUCUCAGUGUAUAUAGAAUUCACAAAUAUCUUGUUUUAAAUGCACCCAUUUUGAAAUUCAGAUCCAGCUAAUAAAAGCUUACAUAGUGAUAUUGACUUAGUGAGUCUGAUCUGCCAUGCUAUGAGCUACAGUUUUCCCUGCUACAAGUGUGGUUAGAGAAGGAAAUGUUGCCUUGGCAUUUCAUAGAGACUAGCACCGUAUGAUGAAUGCAUCAGGACUGGCCUAGUCAACAGAGUGUUUGUGAUUGAUUGCUGCAGAAUACACUGAUCCCUGGCUUUGGUAACACCAUCUCAGUCACACAGCCAGGACAGUUUUCUCCCUGCUUAGAUUACAAUAGGGUCACCCCCAAGACUGAACCCUCUCUGGGUUCAUGUGUCUUUUCACAUGCAGUUCAAUUGGUCCUGCCUAGCUUCCCUUAAUAAGACCACUUAAUGUUUGCAAUGGGGUGGAACUCAGCUUCACAUCAUCUGAGAAUCUAGUCAUUUGAUAUUCAUUUGCAUGAGCAGCCUUGCUUUUAUUCCUUUUAUGCAGAAAUGCCUUUGAGGCUUUUUAGCGAUUGUUGGUCCUCUCAGUCAGUUUCCUGUCUCAUGUUGGUGCACAAGUAAGACUUGAUAUGCCCAGUUAGUGUUUGUCAAAGUUGACUCACACUGAAAAAUGAGCCAGCAUGAAUAAAACUGCUGGAAUUUGGCGUGCAAUUCUUCGGCGGAUGUAUUUAAUGUGCUAUUCAGGUAGAUUAUUUAUUAAGGUUUUUGACAUAAUUACAAUAUCCACAGUUUUAUUUAGGCUGUGGGCUCAGUAUGGUAAGUAAGGGGGGGGGGGGGGGGGGGGGUGUUUCCAAAAAGCGCUUCUUAUUGGUUUGGUAUAAUUUUAUGUGAAACAUAUUUUAAAGAACUGAUUGGUUUUUUAAAAAAAAAAUUAGAAAAAACUUUUUAACUUUACAUAUGUGUUUUCUUGAUAUAUGAUUAUUGUUGUGAUAUGUAAAUAGAUCCAGAAUAUAUGAUUUUUGUUGUGAUAUAUAAAGAGAAUCCACGAUUUAUAUUAUCUUGUAUUUGUUCAAGAAGGCUAGACACAUGCAUUUGAGCCAAGUCAUGUGAUGAUACUAAUUGUUAUGUAAGGGAAUUUUACUUGCUUUUGUCAUAUAAUGUACGACUAUAUGAACAUAUUAUGAACAUGUAUGAGUGAACAGUACAUCAUUACUGACAAUUGAAUCAUCUGCAAAGUCUGUUUUAAAAUGGUCAAUUCAUGCGACUCUUCACAUUUUAGGUUUUGGAUUAUCAUGCCUUGCCCCUCUAUCAGUUCCCAGCAAAGUGUCUCUAAUCCUGAACUGGCUGAACUGACUGUGAUGCUAUAUAGACAAACUAUGUAUGCUAUCCGUUAGUGAAUAAAUUUAAAGUGGACAUUGUUA